AUGAAGGAGCUUGCAGAAAAUCUUGGCCGCGGCCAACCUAUUGAAAUUGCAGAAUAUGACAAAUCCGGAAAUCAUAUCCGUACCUGGACUCACGGCCCUGACAAUCAUGUCGUCUUGAAGGCCGAGGCCCGUACUUCUUGGCUCCCUUCUAUGCACGAUGCUUUCAUGCCCGUUGGAUAUCCGCAUUCUGUUUCGGGCGAUUACUUCAACUAUCAGUUUUUCGAUUCCAUGCAGGCUUUCUUCUCGACCAUUACCUCUCUUCUUGCCAACAGAGCGUUGCUGCAAGGUCUCGGCGUCGGAGACGCUAAUUCGUCUGCGACUUUUGCUAUGCUACUCACCGUCCUCAAGGAUGCUAUUUCCCGUAUCGCAACCAUUGUCUUUGCUCACCAGUUUGGCCUUCGUAUAGAGCCCGACGCCAAGCGCUUCCGCUUUCUCGCCGAUCUGUUCAACGAUACUGCUUUUUUCAUGGAGCUGUACAGCCCCUACCUUGGUUCCUACGGGAAGAUUAUCGCACUCACCACCGGAGAGGCCCUUCGAGCCCUGUGUGGUGUCGCAGCAGGUGCAAGCAAAGCAGCUUUAAGUGUGCAUUUUGCCAAACACGACAACCUUGCGGAACUCAAUGCCAAAGAGGCCAGUCAGGAAACGGCCGUCGGUCUAUUCGGUCUCGCUGUUGGGACACUCGUCGUCAAGUAUGUGGAAGAUCACAAUACCGUCGUGUUUCUCAUGAUUGCCCUCGUACUCGCCCACUUGUGGAUGAACUAUCUUGGCGUUCGCAGUGUGUGCAUGGACAACUUCAACCGACAGCGUGCAACCAUCCUAUUCGAAGAAUACCUAAAGACGGGCAACAUCAUGACACCCGAAGAGGUCGCUAAGCGCGAGAGCAUCCUGUUCUGGCGGCCCGUCGCCCACAAUCGAGAAGGCAAGGAAGUCGCACGUAUCGAAAUGGCCGAUAGUUAUAAAAAGGCAACGAACAGCGGCCGCACAAUCGACGUGUUUACCGUCAACGACGGAAGUACCCUUUUCGUUGGGUCAGAAGGCAGUAUCAAGAUCAUGCUUUGGAAGGAUUCUACUGCUGUCCAAGCAAUUGACGCUUGGUAUACGGCUGUGAAGAUCGCCUGGGCCAGGGACUCGAUGGAAAAGGGAAGCGGUCAUGAACCUUACCUUGGGAAGGGAGGAGCUUUGGAAGGGGAUCUUUUGGUAGAAUUACUUGCGAAGGGGUGGAAAUUGGACUCGCACGCUCUUGAGACAUGUGCGCCUACUCGUCUUUGUCUAGGCAUGGAGACCAAGAAGGACGAAUAA